AUGUCUUUCGCAAGGGGUUUUUUGCCACGACAAACGCCAAGGCAGCUGAUGCAGGCGCUGGUGGACAAUGUCGUCCAGCUCGAGAAAAAUCCUUCCGAACUACUGAAAACCUUAGCUAAGAGACGGAUCGCCAAGCAACUGCAAGCGCUUCGGGACGUGAUCUACAAAUCGACCAACGCCGAAUCGCAUGGCGAUAUGAUCAUGUCGCAGCUGUGCCAAGAUCUCUACAACACGGAUUUACUGCUGCGUCUGAUCCAGUUCCUGAUGUAUUUCGGAGUCGAGGGCCACAAGGCUAUGGUCAUGGUUUUCAACAACGUCCUCCAGCGGCGCCUCGGAUCCAGGGAGCCAACGGUGGAGUAUGUCUCCACCAAACCUGAGAUCCUGUUCGCGCUGUUAAAUGGCUUGUCCAACCCAACGAUUGCAUUUCCCUGCGGGGAGAUGCUGCGGAAGUGCAUCGAGUACGAGGAGCUGAACAAGAUAAUACUCUACUCGCCGAAGCUCUACGACAUUUUCGCCCAAACCAAAGCGCCAACCUACGCCGUCCGAGCCGAGGUGCUGUGUGUUGUGAAUAGGCUGCUCACCACCCACCAGCCGCUGAUGGCCAACUUCUUCAAGCAGAAGUACGACGAGUUUUUCGACCACUACUAUGAGCUGCUCACGUCCGACAAUUAUGUGACGCGCCGGAUGUCCAUCGAGACGCUUGGCACUAUCCUGCUCCAGCCCAGAAAUAAAUCGGUCAUGAAACAAUACGUCUCCUGCUCUACCAACCUGAAGGUGGUAAUGAACCUGUUGCUAAACAACAAAUCGCGACAAUACAUGUGCGAUUUAUUCCACGUCUUUAAGUUGUUCGUGGUGAACCCGAAAAAGCCGAAGGAAGUGCUUAAAAUACUAGUGCUCAAUCAACAGCGAUUGGCCGCGCUGUUCAGCAAUCUCCCGGACACGCAUGAAAUCGAGGAUCAGGCGAUCAUUGAAGAAAUGCGCUAUCUGGCAAACAUAAUCAAGAAACUGAAGAUGGAGACGACGGGUGCAGAAUAA